UUCACACUGGGCUGUUUUUAAUCAAGUGCUUUCGUUAACUUUUCAUAUUUACCCGAGUCAAUUAAGAUUGUGUAAAACUAUUACCAAAAUGGCACCGAAGGCUGUUAAUACAUGCGUGGUUGCAACGCUACUGAUACUCCUCAAUUCCUCUCAACUGUCUGAGAGCAUCGUCUUUGCUGUGUUCAACCUGACAAGUCCAUAUGGGAAUUUCACCAGCCCAAACUACCCACGUACAUACCCGCUCUAUUAUGAUGGCACUUGGAUUAUUAAAGGGCCACCCAAUUCCAUAAUCACCCUGACAAUAACCGAUAUACGAUUGGAAGUGGAUUUUGAUUUUGUGUAUGUUUAUGAGACCCAGACAACGCCCAACAUCAGCGUGACAUCUGCUUAUUCAUUCAAGUCUUACAGUGGCACCCUGACCGUGAAAUUGACGAGUGAUCAAAGCAGGGUUUAUAGAGGCUUCAGUGCUGUCUACUGCAUUACCAACAACACAUCAACUCACGAGAAUACUAGUCCAAUUGGACUGCAAUCAGGUACCAUACCAGACAAGCUCAUCACCGCCUCAUCAACAUUCAACGCUAGCUUUGAUGCCAAACAGGCCCGUCUGAACAACACCUUGGGCUACUGGAAACCAGCAACGCUAAACAACAAGCAAUACCUAUUGGUAGUGUUCCAAGCUAGGGUCAUCGUGACUGGGCUAGUUUUGCAAGGAUCAGCGCCCGAGAUCGACACCCUCUACGGGCUUAACGCCAGCUGGGUGAAAGCCUUCAACAUGGACACCAUGAGCCCGGAAACCUUCUCAUGGACUAGCACAAACACCACGUUUUUCACUGGCCUCUCUAGUUCUGAUGAACUGAAGGUUGCAACAAUUGGACUGCCCUUGAUCAGCAGUGGCAUUCGGAUUAGGCCUGUGAAUUGGCAAACUGAUAUAGCCAUUCGCAUGGAGAUUCUGACUUUCUGCACCAAGGCUGGUCCCACUGAAUUUACAUACAGCCCCAACAACACUAAAGGAGGCAUUACUUUUAAAGCAGCAAAUGUCUCCAUUGGCUUUGCCUGCUACAUCUGGGAUGUUGGGGAUGGACAAACAUUCAUUUUUGGUCCUGACUUUUGUUACAAUUGGGGGUCACAUUUUUCAAUAAUAACAUCAGCUUUUUCAGACCCGAUAUCAUUUUUGUAUAGCUAUGCAGAAUUUGGCAUAUACACAUAUAAGGUGAAAGAAAUUACUGGCAAUGGCAAUAGCACAUAUGAACAGGUUGUUUAUGUCAAUGGCUACGGUUGUAUUCCAUAUACAAUGACACUCGUAGAUGACAUGCAAAGCAACAAUAAAACUCGUGUCCUCCAAGUUUCUGAGGCAAUGCACCUGAUGGCUCAUGUGAACAUGACAUGCUUGGCCCAAUUUGAAGACACACACUACAUCUGGUCCAUCACGACCCUGCAAACUGGCAACAUUAAAACAAUCCCAUGGUAUGAUGCCAACUACCAACAAUUUGAGCCCUUUUAUUUCACAGAAGGUACCUUUUUAAUACGCGUCACAGUCGACAUCCAGCCAAUAAGUUUACAAAGCUUCACUGACAAUAUAACCAUCACUGUUCAUGCGACUCCAUUAGAAGUACACAUCACUGGUGGAGACACAUCAGCUGUUGGCAAUGGAGCCGACGUGCAGAUCGAUGCAUCUGAACUGUCUUACGAUCCAGAUAAUCGAGACUGUAGUGCUCAUGGAAUUAAUUUUCAGUGGAAAUGCAGCAAAGCGCUUCCCGGUGAAGUAGUGCAAGAUUGCAGAUAUGUCAAUGUGGACAUUGGCUCCAUAUACAUACCGCAGUCCGAGCUGACAAUAAAUGCCACUGUCUGGGUACAAGUAACAGCGACUAAAGGGACUCGUGAAGCCAACAGAACUAAAGUGAUUUCCGUGAUGGACGGGAAUCCCCUGGAUGUUUACAUUAGCUGUGGACAUACCUGCGCUGACAAGGUUACCACUUUGGAUCCACUUGUGCUCUCAGGCGAGUGUGGUAACUGCGACGAUGAGAACUUACUAUACCAAUGGAAGCUACUGUCCAAUAACGAAACUGUCACAGAUUUUGAGCACAUGACUUCCACAGGAAUUUACAACAAAGGCUUAGUGAUCACUGAGAAUUCCUUGAAGGAAGGGGCUCUAUUUGACAUCCAAGUCAGUGUUACUGCCCAUGGUAGAGGUACCGUGGAGGCCAGCUACAGCUUUGUCACUAGUCUUGGCCCUCUCAGCGGCAUCACAUGCGUGAGCAAUCCUCUGUCUGGUUUUGCAGCAGUGACGCUCUUCCAGCUCUCAUGCAGUGGCUGGACGAGUGAGUCCCAACAGCAGCUCACCUACUCGUUUAAGGCCGUGUCGAACCACACCGAGUUCCUGAUCUACAACUCUCAGCUGAGCCAGACUCCCUCUCUGCUGCUGCCCGUGGGAGACCUAGACACCCAAGGGACGCUGGACCUCAGGGCGAGCGUGUGCAACUCCGUUAGAGCUUGCACGUCGGCCCGCAUACAAGUCAAAGUAACGCAUCUAUCUGCGGAGCAGCUAUUUGACAAUACCCGUGCAAUGCUGGCAACCAAUGGGACAAUCCAAGCGAUGGCACGCACGGGCAAUGUCAUGGUCGUCGGGUUGAUAAAGAUUUUAACAGCAUCCCUUCAAAACUUAGCCCCAGACCACUAUGUGAAAGAGGUAUUCGUUUGA